AGUAAGCAUUAAUCAUGGCAAGAGAGCAAUGGCCACUAGAUCCAUGCCCAUCUGGAUAUAUAGGCACCCGUCCUAGAGGUGCUAGAGAUGGGGCAUGGAGGUAUGCCUAUGAGGGACCCGAUCCUGGGUUAGUUAUAUGCAUAAAGUGUGAGAAAAUACUUCAUGGAGGCAUCAACCGCCUCAAAUACCACCUUGCAGGAAUAGACACGCAUGAUGCUAGAGCAUGCCCUGAGACCAAUGAAGAAAUAAAAAGACAAAUGAAUGCCCUACUUGUAGCUGGGGAAGAGAAGAAAUUGCAAAGGGAGAGGGCAAAGCUAGCCAUGAGAUCAACCAUAGCUGAAUCUCAAGGUGUUUCUGUUGACCUUGAAGAAGAACAAGAAGCACUUGAGGGCAAAGUGGGCUCUCGGUGUGGCCCACAUAUCCGCAAACCCACCACCACCUUGCUCUUUGCUUCUGCUUCCUCUAGUAGAAUACCUGGCACUGUUCCACUUCCAUCAUCACGAUCAGGGUCCAUAGGUGAUUAUUUUGUGCCCAGGAACACACCUGGAGCACAACCAUCAUUAGAGGCCAUUGGAUGGAAUAAGGAGGUACAUGAGAAAACCGACAUUGCAGUAGCUGAUUUUUGGUACUUCAACAACAUUGCAUUCAAUGUGGCGGACAAUCCUUAUUGGCUGAAUUUGGUGAUUGCUAGGACAGUUUCAGGAAAUGGGUACAAGGCCCCUUCUUGCAAGGAUUUGAGUGGGAGGUUGCUCACCAAUGCAGUUGCUAGGGCAAGAGAAGUGAUGGAGGAUAGAAAAAUUGAAUGGGCUAAUUAUGGCUGCACCAUUCUUUGUGAUGGGUGGAGCACCAUCAUCAAUUUUUUGGUUGCUUGCAAGGAAAAUGUAGUGUUUUUGAAAUCUGUUGAUGCCUCCAGCAAGGUGAAAAAUGCAAAAACAUUGGCUGGAAUGUUGGAGCAUGUCGUCAUGGAGGUGGGGGUAGAGAAUGUGGUGCAAAUCAUCACAGAUAAUGCAGCAGCGUAUGUGUCAGCAGGAGGAAUCCUCCAAGAGAGGCACCCCACUCUUUUUUGGACACCUUGUGCAACACAUGUCCUUGACCUUCUUUUGGAGGACAAAGGAAAACUUGAGUGGGUGACUCCAGUUGUGGAAGAUGCAAGGAGGAUCACCAAAUAUAUUUGGUGAGAGCUGGUGUCACAAGGUUUGCAAUGAUUUUCUUGACGUUGCAAAGCCUUCUUGCUGCAUUGACUUCUUUGAAACAAAUGUUUGUAAGUGGAGAAUGGCUUAACUCACCUUAUUCAAAGAAGCCUGAAAGCUGGUGUCACAAGGUUUGCAAUGAUUUUCUUGACGUUGCAAAGCCUUCUUGCUGCAUUGACUUCUUUGAAACAAAUGUUUGUAAGUGGAGAAUGGCUUAACUCACCUUAUUCAAAGAAGCCUGAAGGAGAGGCUGUCGCAAGCAUAGUCCUCGACAACCAAUUUGCACAAAGUGCUGCAGAGAUUGUGAAGGUGUCAAAGCCCUUGGUUCGAGUUCUUUGCUUGGUGGAUGGGGAUAAAACCCCAAUGGGAUAUCUUUAUGAGGCCAUGGAUAGGGCCAAGGAGUCUAUCAAAAAUUACUACAAGGGGGAUAGUCUCAAAUUUGAUCCCAUUUGGGAAAUUGUUGAUAGGAGGUGGAACAAUCAGCUCCACCAACCCAUUUAUGCAACAGGGUACUUCCUCAAACCUCGUUUUAGGUUCAGGGGUUCUUACUCAGAUCUGAAUGGAGAAGUCAUGGAGGGCCUCAGUACAUGCAUUGAGAGGAUGGUACACGAUGUUGAGGAGAGAGACCUCAUUGUGAGUGAGCUCCAAAAUUAUGAGGGAGGAAGGGGUAAGCUAUUCUCUUCAGAGCUGGCUAGGAGAGGAAGAACCACUCAAACCCCAGAUGCUUGGUGGCAAAAUUGGGGUGGAAACACCCCCCAUCUCAAAAAAUUUGCCCUCAGAGUCUUAUGUCAGCCUUGCAGUUCAUCCAAUUGUGAGUGCAAUUGGAGCUUGUUUGAAGCAAUCCACAUGAAGAAGAGGAGCAAGUUAGCGCAUAAACGACUCAAUGACCUUGUCUACAUGCAAUAUAAUCUUCGAUUGCGCGUAAGGAAGGUAGAGGAACUAGAAGGUGGUCCAAUUGACUUGGAUGAUAUAGAUCCUUAUAGUGAUUGGACAUCACAGGAGCAGCCUCCAUUGUUUUCCGACAUUGACAUCACUGAUUUGGAGAGGCAGGCUAUGGAGGAGGGGGGUGGAUUUGGUUUCACGUUGGAUGACAUUGAGGAGUCUUAUGUCACAGGUUGCUGAAGAUAACAUUAAUAUCUUCUUUGCAUCUACAACUUUUCAUUGACAUGUACAUAUAGGCAAUGCCCACUGAUCAAGGCAUGCCUUGACCGGUCAUGUCUUUUGACAUGCCUGAUCAAGACAUGACUUGAUUGAUGCAUAUGCACCGCUUCACUUAAGCGAUGUACCUAUAACUAUCGGUCACGUCACAUUCAAUAUAUUAAACCGAUUGCUAUCGGGGCACGUUAGUUAGUAUGUUUGACCGAUUAGUAACCGGGCCACGUCAGGAAUAUAAUCAUCCGAUAAAUAAGAUAAUCAUCGAUCGGUAUAAAUUGAGAUUAAGAUGAUAACUGUUAUAGUUAUCAUAUGAUAGCAUCAAUCGAUACUACCAUAUGAUAUCUAUGAUAGUUAUCAUAAUUUUGGUUUGAUCUUAUUACAAUUAUAGUAUGAUCGAUUAUGCAUAUAAGAUGAUUAUAACAAGUUCAUUUAUUUAAUCAUGAGGUCUACAUUUAGAUUUUAGUUAUAUCGAUAAGGUAUAUGAUUGAAUGAAAGAUAAAUGAAGUCUCUCAUUCAAUCAUUUAUCUUACCGAAGCUACUAAGUUUCAACAAGGAGGAAGAGGAUUCAUUGCUAGUGCUAGAAGCAGGUGGAGACAUAGCUUCAUCCAGGAUGGAGGAUGAGUUAGCCAUAUCGAGCGAGGAGGCACAAUCACGCCCACAACAGACUUAUAUGACUAGACCCUCUAGUUCUACCUCUCCCCAAGUUUUUGCUAGAGCUGGGAAGAGGAAGUUGUAAUUGUAAUUUGUAAUGAUGUAUUUACUUUUGGUUUUACAAAAACUAUUUACUAUAUUGCUUUCAGGCUUCCAGCCAUCAACAUUCCUCAUGAGGAUGCGAUUUUGUAGACACUUUGCAUUUAAAUAUAUCUAGAAUCAACUUAUUUCUUUGGUGUUAUCAUUUAUUGACUCAUUGGAUGCAUCUUCUCAUUAAAUUUUGCAAAAAAAAUGCAUUUUUA